CCGUGGGAAUGCCCGUAUUUUCAAUACGGUUUUCAACAGAUCCAUGUGCUCUUUUUAUUGAAUAUCAAUGUAAUAAAAUAUUUACGGUGUAAACUAUUAAUCAAUAAUGGCCAAACUGCAAAGCUAUUAUGUGCUGUGUCCCUUGAUUGACCAGAAGAGCUUUCUCGGAAUAUCAGAGGAUAAGGAGGAACACACUGUUAUUGUUACUUUGGGGCGCAAUGUGGUCAACAAAUAUAGGCUUGCAGAUCAAAAACAGACGGGAGGAUGGACGUCCAAAGACCACAUCACGGCGCCUGUCAUUUACGAUACGGAGAACAGCUCCUAUGUGGGUGUCUUCAAUAAUAAUACAAUAAAAAUGUGGAAGGAAGACUCAGACAAUUUGGACAAAGUUAAGAAAUAUAAGUUCCCUCUCCCAAUCUUCCAAGUGCUACCUGGCCUGAUAAUCUUCGCAAACGGGAACUGCGCGUCCCUUACGUACGCGCUCGAAAACAGCAACUCUUACGAUGGCAAGGCAACUAUUAAGGAUGCUGCUGAAAUCAUCUCCGUCCGCACUUUCAAGGACAAGGGGAAUAACAUAUGCUUUGUUGUUAAGAAUAAUCAGGAUUAUGAGAUUAUACAAUGCCCAUUGAGAGUGGAGCUAGGUGACAUGGACAAAUCAAAGCUGCAACGAGUUAAAGUGACGCGACCUGAUGUGAACGUCGUUGGUCAACUUAUCCAUGCGUACACCGUCUACAUCCUGUGGAGCGACUCCAAAAUAACCGCCUACAACUUAAGCAGGCGUUCGUGGGACACCAUCGGCACCAUCCCGUGGGUCUCGGCCCCCGCCCGCGUCUCCCUCGGCUGGAUGGGACACCACCACCUGGUGGCUUUUGGUAGCAACGCGGACCGCGACGGAGCCAUCAUAGUCGCCUACAACGUCCUACUCAACAUCGGCUCCUGCAAAUACCCUAUGAAAAUGUACACCGCCGACGCCAAACUAUACUGCUUCAAUGAACACAUCAUCCUCGAAGCAUCCAACCAUAUCGGAAUACUCCCCUAUGUCAUCGAAGAAAAACGACAACUAUCCAGUCUACUAGGCUCGCAUGAAAUCGUUGAAGACGACUUAGAAAUUGCCAAUUGGGGAUCAUCAAAUAAAACCGAUUCAGUAAUAACUUGGAACGGCAAACCACUAAAACAAGGAUUAUCUGAAAGAAUCCUCUGUGCACAAAUCAUUAACAAUAUGUUUGAAGAAUCCAACACUGAUUGUGAGAGGAUAAUUGAUGUUUUAAAUCAGUUUAAAGAUGUACCAGAAUCUGUGGUUGUGCUUUUAAUAAACCAUGUAAUGAAAACUAUUAAUGAAGCAUCUGAUGCUUCGAUUGGUGACAAAGUUGUAGCAGCAUACAGCAAAUAUGUGUCAGAGUUUAAUCUUCUUGACUGUCUACUUGGUAUUACAGUUAGCGAUUCAUUUCUGCUAACAUAUCUGAGGAGUAGUAUGUCUCUGGACAAUGGUUUAUUCUUAUUAGCAUAUGUAGCAUGUUUAUUAAAGACAGGAAAAGGAGUACAAGUAGAAGAAAACAAGCUUUUAGACUGGUCUAUGGUACUCAUGGAUGCUUUCUACCAGCAAUUCCUGAUGACAAAAGAUGAGAAGGUCACUGAGGUGCUGACACAGACAUUGGCAGUCAUUAAAGACUUAACACAAGACCUAGACCUGGUCAAUAGCACUAUUGCACUGAUGCAUAAACUGCUGUACACUAAAUCAGUUGAAACUAGUGAAGAUUUACCAUAUUCUAUUGAAUUAAUGGAAAUAUAAUUAUUAUUCUUA